CCGACGACGAUCUUUGCGACGCUCUGUCUCUUGGCGGUGGCCGCUGCCCAGAGCAACCCGCCGCCGACGGAAGCUGACAUGCCCAAGGACAAGGAGAUGCAAGAUGAGUACGAAUGGUACGGCGGGCAUGAGUGGUGCCGCCGCCAUUGCCGCUGGCAUCCGGGGUUUGGCACGCGCUGCUUUUGGCGCUGCUGGUAG